CCCACCUGUGGAGCUGUGACCUUACCUGAUUUAUAUCCCUCCGCAGGGAUUAAACUCAUGCAGACGAGCAGAGACACCAGACGGAGGACACGGAACCCGCUCACCUGUAACGCCCCACAGCUCAGUUGUUUAGCUUCGUUUAGAAAGAUGGAACGUGGAUUCAUCGUGUUGGUCGCAGCGCUGGUGCUUCAUGCGUCACCGGCUGUCCAAGGAACGGCUCAUUUGUCGUUUGCCAACGGCACACAGGUAAACAUCACCCGGGCCGGUUGUGGAACUGCCAAAUUGUGUGUGGAGACGCCAAAAAGCUGCGACCCGGCGGGAAAUGGCUCCUGCCUGUUUGUGUCCGUGGUGGCCAGCAACGCCGUGGCCCCCAGCGGCGCCAACCUGUCCAUCCAGCUGCAGGGCGAGUCCGGGGGUUACGUCGCACUGGGCCUGUCUGUGAAUAGCGGAGAGGCUACCACCUUGCUGUUCGUCUGUGCUGCAAACGGGACGUCAGGGUUCUUCUUCAGUACUGUGACCAGAAACAUCUCCAACGCUGCUCUCACACCGAAUGAGAGGAUUGUGUCAAACAUCCGCGGCAGAGUGAACGGAAGCCGCAUCGCGUGCGAGUUCGACAUCCCGAACGUGAACGCCACCACCAUCGGCGCCAGCACCGUCAGCACCAGAAGCGCCGCGGCCACCUCCUUCAACCUGCUGCUGGGCACCGGGCCGGUGACCGGGGGGGGUGCUCUGGGCACCUUCAACGAAACACUGAGAAGCGGUGUCCUGAACCUCUCCGACCCGGCCGCGACCCCGACCCCCGCCGCGACCCCGACCCCCUCCAGCGGCACCCCGGCGGUCCAGCCGCACGCUGCGCUCCAGAUGCUGAUCGUCCUCUCUGCGUCGGCCGUGCUGAGCGGGAGAAGUUAAAUGAAGACCAAGUGCUAAUGUAUAAAAUGUUUUUACUGUACGAAGACUGGUGUCUGUUUAUACUUUAUGCUGAAACUCACUGUGAUCAUUUUCUGACUUUCCUCCUAAACAGUCUGGCACCUAAAAUCUGUUUCUGCAAAUUGAAGUACUUUGGUUUGUUUCUGACUGUUAAACCUCCAGGUGUUUUAUUAUAUGUGAAAUGUACUUGGAUAAAUGAAUAAAGUUGUAACCGUUUGUUGGCAUCACUUUUAUUUAAU